GUCCCAUGAUCCCAUGCGGAAGAGACGCUUUCUGCAGCGACAAUACGAACGCGGAGCGUGUUUGUUUUCCUCUUACAUAUUCAGGUUUUUUUGUAUAUCGCUGUAUAUCGGCUCAGCAAUGGACGGCUCUGCCAAAGCCUCUUUAGACUCUGCCCCUGGACCUCCAGCUUAUUACAGAGGAAAUGAAGGCUCCUUGGUUUCAGCACUCAAGACACUGCUCUUCUUCACUAUCCUGAUGGUGACUCUGCCCAUCGGACUUUACUUCGCAUCAAAAGCCUACAUCUUUGAGGGUUCGAUGAAGAUGUCGAGCUCUGACAGCUACUUCUAUGCAGCCAUCGUUGCAGUGCUCGCUGUGCAUGUAGUGUUGGCCUUGUUUGUUUAUGUGGCUUGGAAUGAAGGCGCGCCUAAAGGGAAGGGCAAACACGAUUAAGGCUCACCCUCAUCAGCUUGGAGGAGACGGACAGACACGGGCACGGAUCCACAGCCCAUCACCACCCUCUACCGUGGGCUCCAGCAGCAGAAACCGCAUCAUCUACCAACCAGACAGUGAGGAGACCUGGUUUGUACUUAGGCUUUCGCCUGAAGUUAAAGCAAGGAAGUACUUUGGUAUCUCCUGAUAUCAGGAAGAGGAGGAUGUGGGGUUGUUAUUUUUUGUCUAGCAGUCUCAGCAGGCCCACUUUAUGUCCUCUGAAAAUCUCUGUAAGCAGAGGAUAGCCCCUUUUUGAGGAGACUUUAGAAGCUGUGUGGCAGAGUGCUUUAAGUCUAUUGUAAAGAGUUCACCUAUAGGAGAAAAUCAUGAGGUUUGGAUGUAUGCGUGAAACUGUGUGUACUUUAAUGUGUAUUUAUGGAAUUUCUAACAAAUGCUCAGCAUAACAAAAGCCCAGUGUAGACAUGCAUCCUUGAAUUUUAUUUUUUUCUUUGUUUUACAUUAAUACUGGAUUAGAAAAAAAUCAAUGAUUCGCUGGGAUCUAGAAAACAAAAUACAAAAUUCAAAAAAACAACAACUUGUGACUUGUUCUCAUUGCUUACUCUAAUGAGGUUUGUUCAUUUUUUUUUGGUUUGUUUAGGGCUUUUGCAAAUCUAAAGAUACUAGAUAAACAAGUCAAGAUCCCAAGAAACAACCAGAAAUGACUUGUUAUCACAGGUGAAAACAUAAAAUGUUGAUGCAUGUCUACUUUUGGCUACCGUACAACAUCUACUUUGUGAAUGUUUGUUUGUUCUGUCCACCAAUUUCCAUCUUCAAACAAACCCAUAAUGUACAUUACAUCUAUGCAUUUUGGAUCCAGAUUUUAUCAUUUAAAUGUUCUGAUUUAUCUGUCUUUCCCUGUAAAUGUGUUUUUUGUUUGUAUGUUUUUGAACCCGGUUUAGGACCUUGUUAGAUAUUUGAAGGAGUGUUUUGUAUUGAGAUGAAUGUUGACUUGAGGAUGUAGAUGCUUGUGGAGAUGUUGUUAUGAUAAGAAUAAAGUUCAAGAGUUGUCAGUU